AUGAUAGCAAAUGAAAAGUUUAGGAAUAAUAAAACAGAAUUUGUAGCUGCAAAAUUUGAUCCAGAAAUGCCAUUAAGAGUACGAAAUCUGUUGGAAAAAGUGGGUAAUGAACUUAUUCUUAAAAUUCAACUUGGCCGAACACCCGUUCAAGAUCUUCCUAUUAAACUACUUAACUUUUUAAGUGAUUCGAAAUUCAAUAAUAAACAACUCGAACUUGGCUACGAUGAAAUCUAUCACAAUUAUUUACUCAUUACUAUUAUUAAUAGUCAUGGACCUCAUGUAUUACAACAUAUACUCGGGAAUUCAGAACACAAUUUAACUGCUACUAUCAUUCUUAAACUUGAGAAAUCACAACGUAUAGCCUUGAAAUAUCCCAUUAUACCCGAUGAACUGAUCGAUGUAUAUGAUAUUCCUCUAACACCAAAUUUACCAUUAACACUCAAUCAAUUAAUUUCCACAGCAGCAAAUGUGGAUAAAAAUUUCUACAAAUAUGACGCUGCGGAAAAUAAUAUGUGUCAAACCUUUGUUGAAAAUAUAAUUCAUAUCAACGGUUUGAUGUCUAACAUUAUUGACCAAGCCACACUCAACGCCCUUCAACCAAUCGAUGCGAAAACUCUAAUUUCUACACUAGGCAGUCGAUCGAAUAUUGUUAAAGUGGUGACUGAUUUAGGUGCCAGAUUAGAUAAAUUAGUAUUCGAUCGGAAGAUCACAUGGAAAAAGUCAUCACCAAAAGAAUUUGUUCCAUUACAUAAUAGCGGGCCAAUAUGUAAUGCAGUUUUUGAGCUUGAAAAACAUGCGCGUUGGAUUUCUGAUUCGUCAUCUCCGUUGUCAUCACCUGAAAUAAUUCAGCGCACCAGACUUUGA